AUGGCCAUGACUGAUGAAACCGAUCAUAGUGGUGGGGUCAUUCUGGACGGUCCUUUCGAUCCAGAUGCCCAGGCCACUGUAACCGAUUACAUUGACUACACUGAAUACCUCCCUGCCGAUCUCAUCCGCUCCCUCACUUUAAUCCGCGGUCUGGACGAGCGUUACCUCGACUCGGCGCAUUCAGUACACUCCCUGACCAAAACCUACGGCCAGCUACCUGACCUUCCACCCGACGAGCGACCGAGCGCAAUCGGUCUGCGUAGAGACAUAUCUCAUCAGCUUGAUCGUGCGAUCAAUGCGCGCGAAUCGGCAUACGCAGAGAAGCUCGAUGCGCUCCCGAGACCACCUUCCACAGAACCGACUCCGCCACCCCGAGAACCUACGCCGAAACGUUCACGCCCCUCCAAGAAGGACAACGCGUCAACAACGCGUAUUACUCUCCGCCUUGAUAACCCCAAGCGCAGUCACAAGAAGAAGGUGAGACGCUCAGGUGUUGCGGCGAGUCAUCUGGCAGGUUUCAACCCUGAUUCUCCUAUCGCCAGUACUGAACAAUCAGAUGCUGAAGAUGUGGAUCUUCUUCCCCCCAAGCCUGCCAGGCCCCCAAAGAAGGACAAGGCACGCCGCCCAAGCUCGGGCGUCACAGUCUCCACUAGCAAUGCGCUUGCUUUACUGAAGCCUCCUCCUGCGGAUGCCAAACCUAGUGAGGUCAUGGUGUGGCGUGAGCUUGCUCUGGCCGGCCGUGGCUGGGACGCCUAUAAAGAGGCAAAAGCACUAGCUGAGCAAAACGGCACAGAAUUUAUUGAUUGUGAUAACCUGGAGAUGACCCAUCGCGGCGAAAUGGGAGGUGAUCUGGAGGAGACCAAGAUUAGCAAUCGUGGUAUGAAGUUAAACGAAGCCAAGAAGCUGAAACGUGAGCUACUGGCACGUGAGGCGGCAUUGAAUGGCGAAACUCCAGUGAAGCCUUCAAACUCUGUCCAAGCGACCCCAAAUAAUCGAUCGUCACGCAAGAGGAAGCGGGAGGAAAUUCCUGUCGAAGAAAAUGGAUUGGAAGAAGACGUCGUCGCUCCUGAGCCUGUACCAGUACCUGCUCCUAUGUCGCAUAAGCGCCGCAAAUCCAGUCGUGGACCGGCUGCCACUGCAUCUGGAGAAGCGAACAGCGGCCCUGUUCCUAUGGGCACAACACGAGCAUCACCAAUCGAAACAAAAGUAGAAUCUCCUUUGGCCUCACCGAACGAGUCACGCCCCUCCACAAGAUCGGUUGGCAAGCCAGCUGGAACACCCACACCACCUACUACACGACCCUCGUCAAGGCGCUCUGCAGCUGCGGCGAUUGAAUUGGGCAGUCUAGGUGGUCUUCAAACCACUGGAACCGUCGUGCGCGACUAUCGCAUCAAAAGCGCAACACCCGCCCGCAAAACUCCAAUCCGCGAGUCCUCACAUGCACCAAGUCUCCCUGCACCAGCUCGAAAGCGCAAAAGACCCGCUCCAGGUCCCAUUUCAAAUGGCCAAGAUGGCGGCGCUGCUGUUAGUUACGGUCGGCGCAAAGCCAAGCCUGGCAAGAAACGAAUCAGCAUUCGGGACUCACAGGACGUUCGAAUUGACGAAGACGGUGUGUUGGAGGAGAUCGAUGCAAAUGAGCCUCGGUAUUGUAUCUGUGGGGAUGUGAGCUUUGGCACAAUGAUAUGCUGCGAGAAUCAAGACUGUGAUCGUGAAUGGUUCCAUCUGGACUGUGUUGGUCUGUCAGAAGUUCCUUCACGUACAGCUAAAUGGUACUGUCCCAACUGUCGCGUCAAGUACCACAAAGGAUCAGACGGUAUUGUUCGAGGGGGACGUCGAUAA